AUGACGUUCAUGCGUUCCAAGGUUGUGCCUGCUUGGUGCAACUCCUUUUGGUACGAGUCAACUGGGUGCGGUACGGAACACGGAACCAUGAAUAGCUUGGUUCUCGAUAAUCAAGAGUCCAAUGUUUCGUUUUUGGCAGGUGUCGCCUUCUACGCUCUGCCUUACACCUGUCUCAUUGCCAUCGACGAGCAUAUUGAGGAUGAAGUGAAGUAG